GUAGAAAUGAAAAAGCAAGGAAGCCAAAAGGGCCAAAAAACAUUGUUUCAAGCCUGGAAUCAUGCAAGUGCUAAAGUACAACAAAAUUCGAAAAGUCUUUUUGAAACAUGGAGUAACACGAAUUCAGAGAAAACUUCUGCAAACUCAGAAACUGACAGAAAUAUUGAUAAUUUGAUGCUUAUUGAUGACGAAGAUGAUGAAAAUGAGUUACUCGCUGUUACUCGAACGGCGGAGGAGAAUGAAAAGUCCACAAAUGAUUCAGAUGCAGGCAAUGUUUCGUUUUCUGCUUUAAAUACAAGCCAUAAUAGUCAUGACGUCAUCCCUGGUUUUGACUGUAGCGCAGGAUCUACCUGGGUUUAUCCAACCAAUUAUCCUAUACGUGAUUACCAGUUUAACAUCGUCCAGAAAGCUCUUUUCAACAACACCUUGGUAACUUUGCCUACGGGACUAGGGAAGACUUUCAUUGCUGCUGUUGUGAUGUACAAUUUCUACAGAUGGUAUCCCCAAGGAAAGAUAGCAUUUAUGGCUCCAACCAAACCUCUUGUUGCACAACAAAUAGAUGCUUGCUAUAACAUUAUGGGUAUACCACAUAAAGAUACAGCAGAAAUGACUGGAAACAUGCCUCCAAUAAAAAGAAAGCAAUGUUGGAAAGAGAAAAGAGUGUUUUUUCUAACACCACAAGUACUUCAGAAUGACCUUAGUCGAGGUUCAUGUUGUGCUAAGGAUGUUGUUUGUCUUGUAUUUGAUGAAGCACAUAAAGCGCUUGGUAAUCAUUCAUAUUGUCAGGUUGUACGAGAGGUUUCUGGUUUCACUAUGAAUUUUCGUGUUUUGGCAUUGAGUGCUACACCUGGUGAUGGAAUCAAGGCUGUGCAACAAGUUAUUACGAACUUGUUGAUUUCCCACAUUGAACUGAGGUCUGAAGAUUCAAUUGAUAUAAAACCUUAUACACAUGCAAGACAAGUGGAGAAAAUUGUUGUCCAACUAGGGGAAGAGCUGGAAUUUUUUCAAACAAAAUUUCUUAGAGUGCUGAAUAUUGUGGUCAGUCGUUUGGUGACACGCAAGGUUUUGUGGGUAAAGGAUGCCAAAAGAGUAAACAAAUGUAUAUUACUUGCUGCUCGUGAAAAUUUUAGGAAAGAACGUGCUGCAGGUCAACAGCCCCAACAACAGGCUGGGCCAAUUGAAGGUGACUUUGCUGUUGCAAUAAGUCUUUAUCAUGCCUAUGAUCUUUUGCUUCAACAUGGCUUACUGCCAUUUUAUAAAUUCAUUAAAGGGAUAGUUGAUGGUAGUAAGGGAAUAUCAAGAGCAAAGGCAGAGAUCAUGAGAAAUCCUGAUUUUGUUGCGAUUCUUGAUGACCUGAAAAGGCAAAUAGGAGCAGAUGACGUAUCAAAGUCUUCAUCGCUUAUUGGCCACCCAAAGUUGACAAAACUCAAGGAUAUUGUGUUGGCACACUUUCAAGGGUGGGAUACGCAGCUUGAAGGCGGAAAAAAUGCUCUCAAAGAAUCCCGCGUGAUGAUUUUCUCGCAGUUCCGCGACAGUGUUGAAGAUAUAUCUCACAUGCUUUCCAAACAUAAACCGCUUGUACGGGUGAUGAGUUUUAUUGGUCAACAAAGUAAAGGAAACAGCUCCAAAGGUUUGACACAAAAAGAACAACUUGAGGUGAUUCGUCAAUUUAGGCAAGGAAAUUACAACACCCUUGUAGCAACGUGUGUUGGGGAAGAAGGUUUAGACAUUGGUGAGGUGGAUCUCAUUGUUUGCUUUGAUGCAAGUGCUUCACCAAUACGUCUAGUACAACGCAUGGGUCGUACUGGGAGAAAACGUGACGGAAGGAUAGUUGUGCUCGUCUCAGAAGGGAAAGAGGACCAGAUCUAUCAACGCAGUCAGCGUAACAAGUCGAAUAUCCACAAAACAAUUUUGUCUUCCGCUCGAACUCUUGAUUUAUAUAUGGAAAAUCCACGAAUGAUUCCCAGGGACAUUCAACCAGUUUGCCGAAAGAUGUUUAUGUCAGUAGAUCAAAUUAAAUCACCAAAGACCAAAAGAAAAUCUUUGAAUAAAACGAGGCAGGAUUCUGGUGCUCACACCAAGAGUCUAUUCACCUCUUUUGCCAAAACGAACGGUUAUUUGUCUUCUGAUGAACUUCACUACUGGAAUAAUAACUUCAAACUAUUGAAUCAUGAGGCUGGUUUAACACCUGCCAAACCUCGGCGCCUGCGUGAAAAGCCAUGCUCAGAUCAGCGGUCUGACUUAACGCUUUCCCUGACCGAGUGGACGGCCUGGCAAACUCCUCUACAGCACGUGCAUUUCGUUAGCCACUCGAAGCGCUCGAGAUAUUUCGCGGAAAUUUUGGAAUUUUGCGAUUUUCGCCGUGACAUUGGAGAUAACGAAGACAGUUAUGAAUUGGAAAUGAAGACUUUCUUUAACUCUGAGGAUGUUGAAAAGCCUGGUGAGGAGGAAACGUGUCACGCACGAGAUCAUGACAUGAUCGAGGAUGAAGGCACGAAAUAUGAUGAAGUUGAGGUAGAUGCUUCUUAUAAUUGUCCUGGCGAUGAAAUUGGUAAGGAGGUGACUUUAAGCAAAGAUAAAAACUACAAGAGAAAACCGAAAGAAACAUACGAUGUUAUCACUGGUACUCUUGGCAGUAAGAUUGCAUCAAGAAAAAGAAAAUCAAUGGAUUAUGAUUUGGCUUUGGAUGAUGAUUUUGAAGACGACGUUAAACAAGCAUACGUCGAUUGUAAUGGUAAAGACCAAGAACAAAGCAUUAAAAAGACUUAUUCACGAUCGAUACACUCACAAUGGGAUCACUUGAAAUCUAAUGCUGGUUCAUACGAUAUUGCUUAUGAUUCCUGUGAUGAUUUGUCCGAGCUUUUUGAUAUUCCUAGCUCCCAGCGAAGAAAUGAAAGCAAAAACCGACGACAGGGGACCAUUGAUAUUUGUCAUUCUAAAGUCCUUCCCGAUGCCCCGUCAUUGGAAACUUUGAUGGAUCUUAAUGAAUUGAAUAGUAUGACACAGGACACGGACUCUGAUAGCGAUUUCUUGCCUAGUAUGUUCAUGGAUCCAUCAGCAUCAAACAAGUGCAAUGAUCUUGGAGAGGACGAUGAUGCGAAGUCAUAUCUUGGGAAAGCUGCUCCUGAUUUUGUCAAAUUUGAAGUUGAAGUUGAUACCUGCAGCAAGAACAGUGAUGGAAGCCAUUUUAAUGAAGAGAGUGCGCAGAGAAUAUUUGGAAAGAAUGAAAGUACGAUAUGUGUAACAAAUAAUACGACGUGUAGCAAGGAAAUGAAAGAUGAAGGAUACCUGAGUACACGAAAGGAUCCUGGUGAUGAAAAAUCUUUUGAUGGUGGGAGUCUUAGGAAUAAUUUGGCUCGUAGCAGUAGUACAUCUGAUUCUGGUGUUUUUGGCUCGGGAUUGGUUGUGUGUAACGAUGCUUUGUUACCUAAGAAGCAUAGUGAGAAUGUCGAGUUUGAUUUUCAUCAGAAUCUGGCUAACUCGUUCUUUGCCGAUGAUGAUGAUGAGAUCGAUAGAGUUCUCUCUGAUAUAAAAUCUCCGUGUGUAGUCGAUGAUUAUAACGAGGAUUGUGAAAGUUCCAAAUUAAAAAAUGUAGUUAAGACGCCUUGUUUAUUUGACGACGAUGAUCUUUUUGACGACAUUCUCGUGCAUUACUUGAAGGAUAUGAGUUCUACCCAGGCUCCCCAAUCGAGGAAAGACGACACGGUCGUCGUAAAUUCUGUGACGUCUUCUUUGUUUAAUGAUAAUAAUGAUGAUAAUAUUGUAGAUUGGAAAAGCAAGAAUAAGGAUAAUAAAAACCCAAGCCUCAGUUUUUGCUGCUGUUGGAACAGCGAAGACCAAUCACUUUCGAAAUCAAAAAUUUGUCAACUUGAAACUCCUCGUUUGUUUGACAGUGAAGAUGACGGUGUCUUUGACAACAGCUCUUCAGAACCUAGUAAACCUCCUUCGAGUAGACUUGCAACAUCCAAGGUUCUGCGCAGAAAGGCAGACUUUCCUCAGACGCCAUGUUUGUUUGACGAAGAAGGAUCAGAAGUCGACGAACAAUCUCGAGGACGAAAAACGGUUCAAUGCCUUUCAUCAGGUCAAUCAUCAUUAGAUGAUAAAACAGCGAACUAUAAUGAUAUCAUGAAGAAAAGAAGACCUUUUAUCGAGCAGAACAUCACGACACAUGUAAACAUUGAACCAGUCAAGAAAACCAUUACAACUUCAUUAAAUAAAAUACAAUUGUCGUCUUGUACGAAGUCUAAUGCUCAUUUGGCAAAAUCAUCCAUGAAGAUGGCAGCAUUGGAGGCAGAUGAGUCUGACAUGGUUCAUGAUUCUGAUGAUGACGUAAUUGCACCCAGUCCCGAACGAAUGAACGGCGGCAAUGAGCUAUCUGUGUCGUUAAGUGGAAAGUCUUUAAAAAGUUCCUUUCAGAAAAACUUGAGUCGCAGAAGCAAUGCGUUAAAAUUAAAACCAACAUUAGGAAUGUGCAAUCUUAGCGAAGAAGGACCGGUGAAGAGCUCAUUUAAAAAGGACGUUGAUAUUACGAUGGACAAUGAAGGAUGUCGAAACUGUAAAAAUUUUGAAAAAAAAACCGCACCUAUCGUUGAUAGUCAAGGUUCAAUCAAUGACUGCAAAAAUUGUCGCGGAAUCAAGAAAACUCUUUCUUUAGCUGAAGAAAAAAAGCGCAAUAUUGGUGAAGGUUGCAAUCAAACUAAAAAUUGUGACAGUGGAGGAUGUUUGAAGGAUUUAGUAAAAGAAGUUGCCAUCGAUGAAUUGGCUAAUGAAUGUACGAAAAUGACUACUCCUAGACGUCUUUUUAACGAAGGAAAAGGCAGUCAUUUAACUGGAAGAAAUUCACACAAUAUCUUCAAUGCUGAUGAUGUAGAUGAAGACGAACUUUCUGUCAUUGAAUGCAGGAAUGAACCUCAAAAUAUUUCACCACUGCUUGUUUUGAAACGACGGGGGAAAACACGUCCAUCAUCUCGUCGACAUAAGAUUGUGGAAAGUGACGAUGACACUGUUGACAACUCCAAUGUUGACAUCAAAAAUAGCCACGUUGGAACUGAACGCGAGAACAAAGGCGCUGAAACUGGAGAUACAAGUAUCGUGCAAGGAAAGAAGUCAAAUAGAUCAAAGCGACAUGGCAUCAGGAUAUUUCCUACUUUAUCGUUUCAUGACGAAGAUGAUCGUGAUGAAUUUGAACAGGCAAAAAAAGCUGAACAUAAGAGAGAGCUAUCGGACAAUAGAUGUUUGAAAGAGAGCAAAUUAAAGAAAGCACGUCCAUUGGUUGACGACUUUCUUGACAUCGAAGCUGAGGUAUCUGCAGACGAGUUGAACGUGGAUCAAGAAUCCUCGGAGGAUGAAGAAGAUCUUGACAAGAUGGAAGAGAGUUUUGUUGAUGAUCGCAGUCAACUGACCCAGAGAAGUCCCAUUAUGAAGAAUGCCCAAAGCGAUAAACCUCGUGACAUGAUGGAUAUUUAUCGUGCAUCCCUACUUACUCCACAUCGAAAAGAACUGCGUUUUCAAUCACCGGCGUUUCAUCGUUACAAGAACAGAUAUAAAAUGGUUUAUGAUAGUCGGUCAUCCCGUCAACUUACUCCAACCACGCCCCAUGACGAUAAUUUCUGUUCUGAUGACUCUACGGAAUCUGUUGAAUCUGACAGAAACGACGCUGCCAAUAUCAUCGACUCUACAUAUGCGUCACCAGAGCAAAGUCAAAUUGUAAUGAGGAAGAUACGCCGAGGAAGAAAGCGAGUCUUGACUGAUAGUUACUGCGCUACUCCAGCAACACAAAAUAUGAACAAUAAUGAAAGAAAUCUUUGUGUUGAUCAUGUUGUCGACAGGAAUGACUCAAGAAAUAAUUGCUCUUUUAGUGUGAACGUUGGAAGUACGAUGGAGAAUAAAGAGUGCAGGAAUUGUGAAGAUUUUGAAAAAGAAAACGCACAUGUCAGUUGUUCAGUGACUCAAAAUUUGUGCAAUGGUGUCUCGAAGCUCUGCGAAAGUAAAAAAAUACCCUCCACAUGUAAUAUUACAACAAAUAGAAAUCAAAGUCGAAUUUCAUUUGACUCGACGAAUACAAAACAAUCAAAAACUUCAAAUAUUGAUACGAACCAUGAACAAAAAAUAUCAUCAAUUCUCUGUAAGGAAUCAUGUAGCUCGACGACGAAAGACUUCACAUUCAAACGACCAUUAAGAACUGUGCCCGUGUGUGCGGGUAAGAUAGUGACCCCAAUUGUAAAGGAGACUGAAAUUGAAGAAUCUAGAAUGAAUAUCGAUAAUAUUCUUAAUGAUUUCAAUGAAUCUGAUGAUGAAUUAUUUUUAAAGGAAAUUAGUGGUUUGGAAUGUUUUUCCACGUCUGAUGACAAGAUUGCGACUAACUUAUCUUCAGACUGUCACAUCACCAAAGCAGAUUAUACUGAACGUAAAGAAAUCGGAUUAAGCAAAAGACGUGAAACUAAAAAUCAAAAUAAGACAGUUUUGCCGAAAAUCCCACAAACUAAAAGAACAAAUAUUUGUAAUCAGAAUUUGUCGAAGUCAGCAUUAACAUCUAGUACCAACUUACAAUUGAUGAAAAUGAACUGCACUCUUGAUGAAAAUGUCCCAGUUGUAAAUAGACAGAACGGAAAUCAGGCCACGCAAUGCAAGUCAAAAUGGAGUUCACAACCUACGAUGUCGAACGAAGAGAAAGUUACUGGGAAGACAGCGAAUGUAUCACCUGUAUAUCCUCCAUUAUCCAUGAUUCCUAUACCCACAGACAAGUAUUCUGAUCUUUCUGAAAAUACAUCCGGUGAUUCUAAACUAACUAGAUUGAACUCAACUAAUGACGUCGUUGAUGACGUCAGUGGUUCUGGCUCGCUAUUCACUACCACACAGCCGACAAAAAAUACACUGACGAUUUUAGUUGAUUCCAAAGAAGCUUCAAACUGUCAGGUUAUAUCUUUUCUACGUCGUAAGCACAACAUCAACCCAGUCGUCUCUCGAAUUUCUGGAUGUGAUUACAUUGUCAGUACUCGUAUGGCUGUAGAACGAAAGCUUGUCUCGGAUAUAUCUAACCAUCGCAACUAUGACAAACUAACAGCAAGAGUUCGCGAGCUUUGUGAUUUGUACGACCGUUCUUGCAUUGUCAUCGAGAAAGACCGCGUGAAGACUGGUACUGAAAUUCAUGUGAAGUGCGAAAACCGUAGUAAACAUUUCGAUCGUGUUUUGGCGUGUUUGGCUCAAGCCCACAUCAGAGUAUUGUUCAGCGAGGAUAACGAAACUACUUCCGACAUUCUCGUAUCGCUAGCUCAAACCGAGGAAAAGAAAAAUCAUGCAAUCAUUUAUCCUGUAUGUUUAAAUGAAGAGAAGAAACAGAUUGUCAAGUUUCUAAGUUCUGUUCCUCGAAUAAGCUACGUUACAGCAAUUAGUCUUUGUUACAGUGUCAAGACUCUUAAAGACAUUAUUAAUAGCUCCGCUGAAGAUUUAGUAAAAAGAGUGAAAUCUUUAUCUUUAAAACGGGCGAACGAUAUCGUGAAGUUUUUCAAUCAUAACAUUUCACCUGAUACGACCAGCUGUGGUGGAAAGUGAGGAACAUAUGGGGUCACGUGUGCAUAUUUGUCUGCUCAGAUGAUGUGGAAGGGAUUGAAUCUCAGCAAUCCAGAACGGUUAGAGAUCAACAGCCUAAUUCGUUAUGUCGUAUGGAUGAGUGUAUAGCAGGGUAGGGGUGUGUACAUGGAAAAAAUCAAUAAUUUCACAAGGGGGGGGGAGGAAUAAAACAAAAUUUUUGUCUAUGGACAUCGUUAAUAAUGAGAAAUUUAUUGAAUACUACGGCUUUUGUUGUACUCUAUUUCCAAAAUUUUUCAUAAUGAAAAUCCUAAAUCGUAUGGGGUUAACGAACGUAAACAAAUAAUACUUCACCUUAAAAAGGUGAAAAAGACAA